AUGGUCGAUCUCAUGCUCCACCUUGCACAUACGAGCGUUGUCGAAUGUCGCCGUCGCGUACAACAGCUCGAGGCAGAAGAAACAGUUAAUCCAAAGCUUAAGAAACGAUAUUCAGAAUGCUUAGAAUCCACAAACUCUUCAGUGAACGCCAUAGAGGUUGGCAAACAACACUUGGCCUUUGGUGGCUAUAUUGUCGUCACAAUUCAAGUCAUCGGUGCCACGAACGAUGUUGACCAAUGUCUAGAUACCUUCAAUCAGCCGUCGUCACUACCAAAGAACGUCAAGAACCUUAGAGAUAUUUGUGACAUUGCCUCUUAUGUGGCGCAUACUCUCGCCGGAGAUGAUUAUUGA